AUGACCGCCCUCCUUUUGGCAUUAGCGUCGGUCAAGCGAGUGGGUGACUUGCAGGCACUAGCCCAGAUUCUUACCCUUCUAGCGCUCCCCGCUGCAGACGGCGAGCAGGGUCUCAAUCCAUUCUGCCCAGUGAGGGCCCUUAGAGCGUACAUUGAGCGCUCUGGUCUUUUCAGACAAUCAGAGCAGCUGUUUGUCUGCUUCGGAGGCCGCUGUAAAGGGCUGCCGGUUACGAAGCAAAGACUUUCCCGCUGGAUAGUAGAUGCUAUAGCCUUGGCUUAUGCCUCAGAAGGCUUGCAAUGCCCCAUAGGGGUGAGGGCCCACUCCACCAGAGGAAUGGCCUCCUCCUGGGUGUGGUCCAGUGGAAUUUCUAUAACUAACCUCUCUGUGGACCCCUGCAACAACUACACCGUGCUGGACGAACCAAGGAGAUCCAUCAAUAAUACAAAUUUCUUACAAUCAACACCUUCCUACAAUUGUGACACCUCUGUCACCUGGAGCGGCUGGUAUCGUCUCUUCAUUAAUGGUCUGAACGCUUAUAUGCCAGAGACGUGUGUUGCAAUAGGUCACUGUGACACUGCUACCACACUGUGGAUUCGUGGUGGACACCCAACAGUUCAGGAUGGAGUCGUCACUCGAGAUGUCUGCGGUCACUGGCACAAUUACUGCUGCUUUUUCUGGUCUUUUCCCAUUAAAGUCAAAGCCUGUCCAGGCAAUUAUUAUGUCUAUGAGCUAAUUAGUCCAGCUGUGUACUGUUCAGGAUACUGUGCAGAUGUUGGCAGCAUUAACACCAGCUCUACAACCGUCACACCAGCGAUCGUCUCAACUGUUUAUACCUGUGUUGACCCCUGCUACAACUACAGUGUACUGGACGAUCCAUGGAGAGCCACCAAUAACACAAAUGCUUCAGUCAGAAAGUGUGACACCUCUGUCACCUGGAGCGGCUGGUAUCGUGUCUUCAUUAACGGUCUGAGCGCUCAGAUCCCAGACACCUGUGUUGAAAAAACUGGCUGUGGCACUGAUAUCCCACUGUGGAUUCGUGGUGGACACCCAACAGUAAAGGAUGGAGUCGUCACUCGAGAUGUCUGCGGUCACUGGCACAAUUACUGCUGCUAUCACGGGUCUUACCCCAUUAAAGUCAAAGCCUGUCCAGGCAAUUAUUAUGUCUAUGAGCUGGUUAGACCAAAUUACUGUAAUUUUGCAUACUGUGCAGCUGUUACUAACAUCAGCAGCACCGAAACAACAGUCACACCAGAGAUGAGCUCAGCUGCUAUAAAUAUAACACUGCAGGAAGGAUGCACCACCUCUGGAGGAUGUCUUCAAAAUCUCUUUGAGCAGAUAGAGAACAUUACAGCUCAAGUGCUUCCUUUAAAUAUUGUGACAGACAUUUUGACUGUGGCCUUCAACGCUUCAGAGAAGAUUUUAGAGACAACAACCUCAGCAAGCCCAACUGAACUAGCCUCCUAUGGAAACCACAUGUUAAAAACCAGUGAGAAACUCAUUUCUACUUUAGUGAAGCCGACAAACACAAAUGACAGUGUCAGUUUUACUCUUCCCACUGUAGAGGGACAAGUCUUCAUGGUUGGACCACAGGUCACUUUAGAUAAAAUCCCUCGACUUGACACGACAAAUUCAUCUGUGGACAUCGAUCUCAUUGGGAUCGCCAAGAGCAACUAUGAAACACCUGCUGUGGCUUUCAUGAGCUACAACACGAUGGAGAAUCUACUGAAGCCAGACUUCUUCAACACAUCAAAUGACACGGUUAAAACCAUGAUGUCCACUGUGAUCUCAGCUACUCUUCCCAAAACCACCAACACUAAACUCACUGAGCCAGUCAACUUCACCCUCAAACACAUCAGAGAGUUUGAUGUCAGCGGUUCUCUGUCCUGUGUGUACUGGAAUAUCAGCGAGUGGAUUGUAGAUGGUUGUUCUGUUCUGAAGACCAACGGCAGCUAUACUGUGUGUUCCUGUGAUCAUCUGUCGACAUUCGCUCUCAUCAUGCAAACCAUCCGCCCGCCGGUGAGCGACUCACUGCUGGAGCUGUUGAAUUUGGUGUGUGUGAUCGUGGGGCUGGUGUUCUUCAGUUUGGCCCUGUUGACCUUUGCCCUUUGUCAGUGGAGUCCUGGAGUGAAUAAUGUGGCUCGAAUCAACAUCUGCGUCAGUCUUCUGUUGGCUCACCUUCUGUUCCUGCUCACACAGCAGUUCCUGAGCCUCAUACGGCGUCAGCAGGUGUUGUGUGCCGUGAUCUCAGGCCUUCUGCACUUCCUCUUUCUCUCCGGCUUUGUGUGGAUGUUCAUUGAAGCUGUGCUGCUCUUCAUCUGUGUGAAGAACCUAUCACAGAUCAGCUCCAAAAAGAAGGAGGUGCUUAGCAGUGGAUUCCUGUGUGUGAUUGGAUAUGUGGUUGCUCUGGUCGUGGUGUGUGUGUCUGUCGGUCUGGUUCCUGAAGGCUACGGCAGCGAACACUGCUGGCUGAAAAUGGACAAAAGCUUCAUCUGGAGUUUUCUUGGUCCUGUUUGCGUCAUACUAGCAUUAAACAUGAUUCUCUUCAUCAAGAUCGUCAUCACUCUGAACUCAGCUCUAAAAAAUCUCAACGCUGAAGUUUCACAGAUGAAACAAACCAAGAUCAUGGUGUUUAAAACUCUGGCUCAGUUUGUGGUUCUUGGUUGCUCCUGGAUUCUGGGUUUCUUCACCAAUGACAGUAAGGUGCUGGAGAUCCUCUUCCUGAUCUUGAACUCUCAGCAGGGAACCUUCAUCUUCCUGAUCUACGGUGUUCUCAAUAAUGAGGUCAUGCAGCAGUUCAGGAAGUUCUUCAGAUGUCUUUGCUGCAUCAAACAGCACUGAAGCCUACAGAAUCAUGUUCAGGAAGUAAAAAGUGCUGCUGAAGUGCCAUUAUUAUACACGUGAUGCCAUGCUUACAGUAAAAUACAGAAUCAAUGUUUUGUAUGUUAACCGUAGUCUCUGCUCCUUUCUGUACAUGGUAAAAAAAAUGUUACAAGUCUUUUGAUAUCACAACUUUAAAUACUAUGAAUGUAGAACGUAUACAUCCGAUUUUCUUGGUGGUGGGUGAAAAACAUGUUUGUACAGUCUUACAGACACAAAAUGUUACGCUAAAUGCUUGCAAAUUAAAAAAAAAAAAACUCCUGAA